AUGUCCGCGCGUGCCGGGUCGCGGCUGCUGCUCGCGGGAGCCCCGCGGCGACACCGGGUGUCCGGGCCGGACCCCGAGCGUCUCCGGCUCUUCCAGCGGCUGCGGGCGGCGGCGGCGGAGCGGCGGGACGGGCCCGGGGAUGAGGAUGGGGCGGGCGGUGGCACCGGGGGCGGCCGCCUCCCCCCGGGGACCCCCAUCCGCAUCGCGCUGCCCGGGGGGCACCGCCUGGACGGCCGAGCCCUGCAGACCACCCCGUUCCAGGUGGCCGCGCAGCUCGGGGGUGGCCUGGCAGAGGCAGCGCUGGUGGCCCGGGUGAACGGGGUCCUGCAGGACCUGGACCGGCCCCUGGAGCACGACAGUGACCUGGAGCUGCUCGACUUCUCCUCGCUGGAGGGGCGGGAGGCUUUCUGGCACUCCAGUGCCUGUGUCCUGGGGGCGGUGGCCGAGCAGUUUUUCGGGGGGACGCUCUGCAGUGCCCGGGCCACCGAGGACGGAUUCUACUGCGACGUGCACAUGGGGGACAGGACGGUGCAGAGCACGGAGCUGCCGGCGCUGGAGGAGGCCUGUGCCACGUUCGCCCGCGCCCGGCACCGCUUCGAGCGCCUCGAGGCCCCGCGCCAGCAGCUGGCUGAGCUCCUCAAGCACAACAGCUUCCAGCUGCAGCAGCUCGAGGAGGAGGUGACGUCCCCCACAGCCACAGUCUAUAGGUGUGGCCCCCUGCUCCAGCUCUGCCGUGGGCCCCUGCUCCGGCACACGGGGCUCAUCGGAGCCCUGCGUGUCCUCACGAGUUCGGCUGCGCUGUGGGGGGGGUUGGGGGGCCGGUCCCUCCAGCGCGUGGCCGCCGUCGCCUUCCCCACCCCCGAGGCCCUGGAGCGCUGGGAGCGGGCCCAGGAGGAGGCGGCUCUGCGGGACCACCGGCGGAUCGGGAGGGAGCAGGAGCUCUUCUUCUUCCACAAGUUCAGCCCCGGCAGCUGCUUCUUCCUGCCCCGCGGCGCCCACGUCUACAACGCCCUGGUGGAGUUUAUCCGGAGCGAGUACCAGGCGAGGGGCUUCAGCGAGGUGGUGACCCCCAACCUGUUCAGCCCCCGGCUCUGGGAGCUCUCGGGGCACUGGCAGCACUACAGCCCCCACAUCUUCUCCGUCCCCGCCGCCCCCGAGACCCUCUCCCUCAAACCCAUGAACUGCCCGGCCCACUGCCUGAUGUUCGCCCACCGGCCGCGCUCCUGGCGGGAGCUGCCCCUGCGCCUGGCGGAUUUCGGGGUCCUGCACCGCAACGAGCCCCCCGGGACCCUGACGGGGCUCACGCGGGUCCGGCGCUUCCAGCAGGACGAUGCCCACAUUUUCUGCACCCUGGAGCAGCUGGAGAGCGAGAUCGAUUCCUCCCUGGAUUUCAUCCGGACCGUCUACGCCGUCCUGGGCUUCUCCUUCCGCCUGGCCCUGGCAACGCGUCCCAAGGGGUUCCUGGGGGACCCCGACACUUGGGAUCGCGCUGAGCAGCAGCUGGAGCGGAGCCUGCGGAAUUUCGGGCAGCCUUGGGAGCUGAGUCCGGGAGACGGCGCCUUUUAUGGGCCCAAGAUCGAUAUCCGGAUCCGGGAUGCGCUGGGGAGGCACCAUCAGUGUGGCACCAUCCAGCUGGAUUUCCAGAUGCCGGAGAGAUUCGAGCUGGAAUAUGCCAGCCCGAGCGGGGGUCCGGCGCGGCCGGUGCUGAUCCAUCGGGCCGUGCUGGGCUCCGUGGAGCGGAUGGUGGCUGUGCUGGCCGAGAGCUGCGGGGGGAAAUGGCCGCUCUGGCUGUCCCCACUGCAGGCCAUGGUCAUCCCACAGACCCCUGAGGUCGAGGAUUACGCCCGGGAGGUGCAGGCAGUGCUGAGGAGGGGGGGCCUCCUGGCCGACCUGGACGGGGACCCGGGGGCCACCCUGGCCCGCAAGAUCCGCCGGGCCCAGCUCGCCCACUACAACUUCCAGCUGGUGGUGGGUCGGCGGGAGCGGGAGCGCGGCACCGUCAGCGUCCGGACCCGGGACAACCGGCAGCUGGGGGAGCUGGAGCUGCCGCGGGUGCUGCGGCGGCUGCGGGAGCUGCGGGACGGCCGCGUCCCCGACGCCGAGCAGCGCUUCUGACCCCCCCAACCCCCGCCCCGGGGGUCCCCGGGACCCCCCCCCUACUCAAUAAACCGCUGGAAAACGCG